UGGGAAAUUGAUCCGGAGAUAAGAGUAAACGCCAUACUAACUUACUUACUUUACUUCAGCUAUCUCCUACGGGAGGAUGAGCCGGCUUCAUGAACGUCUCGAAUCAUCGCUGCCCAGGCGCGGCAAUUUGUAAGAGAGUUCAUGAAGUUUCAUGGGAAUUUGGUACGAGUGAUUUCCCCAGAAUCGCUCGCCAUACUAAGCUUGAUAAUGAAAUAGGAGUUGCAGAAAAAUCGAAGUUUCACAGGUGAGUUGGUCAUAUGCAUCAGUCCCAAUGUACUGAUUUCUGACGAAAUCUUAGCUCGGAUACAGAAAGUUCUUGUGGCAUUUGCCAAUUGACGGGAUAUCUGGUUGUCUAUCGAAGCAUGUGUACUGUGCAGCAGUACGCGCUCACAUUCAGUGAAACAGCAAUAUUUGUUGUAUGACUGUUUCUACCAAGUAAAAUUAUUCUAUGAUGGAUUUAUACUCUACGACAGUAUCCAAAUUCUAUUAUUAUGUUUUCUAAAUUAACAUCCGAGUCACUAAACUGUUUAUAGAAAUGCAUACGCCGUCUGUUGUACCAGAAGCACCUGAAGAACAAUUGUGCACUUCUUCAGAGGACACUACGCAAAGUAACACUCUGAUAGAUAUGGGUCUCAGUCAAAUUACCAGUGUUUGCAAAAUAGAAUACACUCAAUUUGGUGAAUUUCACACUUGCAAAGUAUGCAACGUGAAGUGUACCG